AUGUUUGGACAGCCUAAGAUCACCCCCCUGCCCUCAGACAUCGACCUGAGCGGCAAAAACGCCGUCAUCACCGGUGCCAGCGGAGACCUCGGUCUCGAAACAGCACGCCAACUCCUCCAACUCAAAUGCUCCACUGUGAUUCUUGCCAUGCGCAAUGUUUCCAAGGGCGUAACAUGCGCCAGAGAACUCCGCGAAGUCCCGUCUAUCAAAGCGAACAGUCCAACUAUCAAAGUUCUUCAACUCGACGCUGAGCGUUUCGAUAGUAUCCAAGCGUUCACCAAGACUUUGAAGCAGGAAGUCCCUACCGUGGACAUCGAAUGCAGUUUCGAGCGCAGUCCAUCUGGACACGAGGCAACUGUGCAGGUGAACUACCUCUCCAACGUUCUCCUAGUCGAACUCCUCACCUACCUAGAAUCUAGUGCUGAAAAAUCGGGCUCUCCGACACGGGUUACCUGGGUAGGAAGCCGGAGGAACGAUGCAGGAGAGAGUCUCUCUAAGAAAGUACCUACUGGAUCGGUCCUCGAGUACAUGGACUCCGCGGAGACAUUCGCCAAAUUCACUAGGUACGGAGAUAGCAAGCUUCUCUGUGCGAUGUUCGUCUAUUCUCUUGCGCCGAGACUGGAUGCCGGGAAAAUUAUUCUGAAUUUGGUUUGUCCCGGGAUGAUCGGCACAAACCUGGAGAGUGAUCUGCCGCAGCCUCUUCGGUUCCUAGUUGGUAUUUUGAAAAGAAUGCGGGCUAGGACUGUUGAGGUUGGUGGGUGGCUGAUUCUCAAUGCGGCUCUUAUUGCCGAUGAGGAUUCACAUGGGAAGCAUCUGGGUGACAAGGAUAUUCUUGAAAAGUCGAGAUAUCUCCAAUCUGAGGCUGGGCUGCAGGCUCAGAAGAAGCUGUGGGAUGAAACGAUGGCGGAGAUGAAGAAGCUGGCUCCUUUGCCGGCAAAGUUCAAUUGA